AACGCCAAUCGAUCUCUGGACUGCGUGGUGUACGGACGUCCGUAAACUGUGCGGCUCCACGUAUUCGUAGCGUAUUCGCGUUAGGUUUGAUUUUUCGCGUGACUUCAGCUUUCUGCCUCGUCUCCGGUGUGCUGUGUUUGUGUGUGCAAUUAAUUGAUUGCAAAGUGGAGUUACAUUUACAUACCUGCCAUCAGCAGUAGAUGUUGGUUUGGCGCUUUUUUCUCUAUCCAAUGGUGGUAACAGUGCACAUCAGUCCUCCGAGAAGGGCUGUAAAGGGUGAGAGUUAGAGAAGAGAGGUGCCACCUCACUCCCUCAUUCGCUCCUGUUUGAUUCACCUGAUGUAACUUGAGAAUCAACCCUGCCCUGGUGCUACGGUGAUGACCUUGCUAUGCAAAGUGCAAAAGCAAGGGAAACGUGUAAUGUGUAGAACCUAACCAACAUGGUCUCGGUUUGACUGCACGCAUUUUUAAACACAGAGAGAGAGAAAGAGGAAAAGGUGUGUGUCUGUGUGUGCGGGCGCGUUUGUUUGCGUUUGAAGUUUCUAUGCGUGGCACUGGUGAUCAUCCCUUGUACUCGUCGAGAAAGCGGAAGAAGGGAAAAAGCUGCAAGUGAUUGACGAGGGAGGUUUGCUCAGGCGUGGAUGUUAUUUGCGAAGCCUUACAUUUCGAGGCUUAAAAUCGAAGAGAAGUGUAAAGAACUGCACGUCACGCUGUGGCAAGAAGUGUGAAACGCAUCUACUUUCAGUUCGGGGGGAAAAUUGAGUGAGUUUGCAGAACUGAGUAAGUGAAAUACUAGUGCUGGUACGAAAAUCUAGCACGGAGAUGUGAAACAAACAACCACAAGCAGAAGGAAACCCCAAGUGUCAAUCAGCUGGUGUACUGCAUCAAGAUCUUCGCCCCUUCGUGUGGUGGUGAAAGCCUCUAAUGUGAGAAAUUAUCGGCAAGAUCUAUCACUAUCGUGUACUUGUCUGGUGACUUCACCAUCUCGCCGGUUGGCGGAUCUUGCAGUGUUGGUGACAGUGUGCGCAUCGGUGUGUGACGUGAGGAAAAUAUAACCCAAGAUCUGGGCACCACGACAGGCGAAGCCACACGACACAAAAUUGGGUUAACGGAGCGGGUGUGUGUAUGUAUGCGUGUCUCAUCUCGCAGGUCGAGAGAUCGAUCUAGCUCUGAGAGGUCGUGUGUGCGUGUACUAUCUGCAUCGCAUCUUUUGCGCGUGAGUUUCCGGUGAGGUACAUCCGAGUCCGGAAGAGUCACCCCAAAACAGGGUCACCAAGUGACGUCGUCGGUGUCAACGCCAGAGUUCCGGUGAAGCACUAAAAGACUCCAAAAAUGGUGUUUGGAAGCCGAUUUCGUAUUGGAAGCUGCACGAGCAAGGAUUACUACAUCUACCACGUAACGAGUCCUGAACCGGUAACGCCAAUCACAAAGGACGAGGAUGGAAAACGCACCGAUCGGAGCAUAACAUCCGCUUACUCCCUAAAUUGUCGGCAUGGUGGAAGCUAUGCGAUCAGCAGCGAUGAUGACGAUGAUGGUGACACGGAUGGUACAGUUUCCUCAUCUGCCUGCUCCGUUGCCUCGUCCUCAUCUUCCUCUUGCCACUCGAGCUCAAAGAACUGGCUGGAGAUGCUCAGUCCAAGAAUCCCCAGUCCUUUCAGGAUGAAGCGCUCGAUAGCGUUGACGUAAGUCCGAACCAGUUCAGUGUGCCUGUGUGUUUGUGUGUGAGUUUUGCAAUUGUGCAUGC